AUGACAAUGAAUUCAGUAAUCUGUAAAAAACUAAGCAACAAUGCACGAUCUGAGGAUGUUGUUUUAGUUUCAGGGCUUCAAAGAUGCGGAAAGAGUUGUCGAUUGAGAUGGAUAAACUAUUUGAGACCAGAUAUCAGAAGAGGAAAAUUUACACACGAUGAAGAGAAGUUGAUCAUCAAUCUUCACAGCGUUGUGGGAAACAAAUGGGCCCACAUAGCAAGUCAUUUGCCCGGAAGAACAGAUAAUGAGAUCAAGAAUUAUUGGAAUUCUUGGAUCAAGAAGAAGAUUAACCGGAAGCCCUCAUCAACAAGCAUGAUGACACGUCUAAGUACAACUUCUACAAGCAUAGAUCAACCACAUUCCGACUGUGGGUACAACCCAACCCAUUUGAGUUUCUUGAAUCAAGAUUUGUGCAUCAACAACAUCAAGCAACCAAAUCAAGAAACAGUAUUCUCUUCUCCUUUGAGCUCAUUAUUCAUGCUUGACACAAGCGGUUCCGUACUAGAAGGGCACAAUGGGGAUUGCAUUACACAAACCGAGUAUUUCAAUGACUCGAUGUGGCAAAUGAACAAGAAUCAAAUCCCGGAAUUGCCCUCACAAGUGCUAAACUUUGCCACAAAUAACAGCAUUUAUUCAGGCUAUUUGCCACCAUUAAUGGAGAAUUUAGAUGGCAUGGUACAGGGACAAAAUUGCGAUUUGAACAAUGGGGAAGGAAGAGAGUGCUUAAUUCAAAAGCAACAAGAUUUUAAUGAAUGGGUUGAGGAUCAAACAAACCAGCAAUGUCCAGGCUAUUUAUUUUGGGAUGAUGAACAUCAAGAAGUACAGCUUGGUGGUGAAGAGAUUGUUGUUCAUUCUGCAUCAAACAUAGGACCUACAUUAUCUACGUAUCCUACAUCAUUAUAGAGAUUGCCAUGAAAAGGGUUUGACUGUUUCUUCAUUCUUUGACUUUUUUAUUUUUUGUUUUUUAUUUUUUAUUUUUUGUUUUUUGGGUUGGUGAGAGUUUGCAACUAGCGAAAAUACAUAUGCAUGCAAGGAUUUCUUUUGUUUAUGUAUAAAGAAUGACAUUACAAGAAAAAAUUAC